CAAUGCAACAAUCCGACAAAAAUAUGCCGGUCCUACCCAACCAAUCCGGAUUUUAAAACCCUGUCGCAUCCAUCACAAACAAAUGGGGCACUUUUGAUAUUAAUGGAACUCAGAGCUCUCUCAGUAAAAACGGCCUAAAGCUCUUUGAUUUCGGCCUCAGAUCCUUGCUGGCAUUCUUAUAGUGUGUUGAUCUCGCAGUGAGCUGCAUUUUGGUAUCAGUUUCAAGGGUUUUCAUGCUCUUUAAGGCUUUGAUUUUAUCGAUAAGUGCUUAUUGGUUCGGUAAGGGGUUUUCUUUCUCCAUUAGCACCUUUUUUCAGGUUCCUUUCGAAUUCCUUCCAUGAACUUUACUGAUCAAUGUCUUGGAUCGGGCUGUAAUCGUGUUCAUAAACGAUUUCACUUCUGGUUGUUGACUCUUUCAUAGCAGUGAGAUUUAACGGUUUUGCGUGGUUUUAGCCCUUACACUAUAUUUGUUGGGUUUUGAAGGUUUAGGUGUUUGUAUACAGUUAAUUUGUCUGAUUUUGGGGAGAUUUGGUUGUGAUUUAUGAAUUGCAUAACGAUUGAAAACCAUUUCAGAUCAUUUUGAGGUGUUUGGUAUUUGAGAUGUGGAGUUUCCUCGCCAGUGGAGAGAUCUAGUUUUUGGUUUCAGAAGUCGCAUAAGGAUCUUCAACUAAUGCUUACUUCGUAUUCAGCUAUACUUGGUUAUGUUUUGGUGGUUGUUGAAUACUAUUAUGUUUCUUCAUUGAUGACGUUGAGAUUAUGUUAAGACUAAGAACACUUGGGUGAAAAUUUUCUUGCUUGUUAACUUGCAGUUCUUGUGAUCUAAUGCAAUAGCGACUGGAAUCGAAUUGCAACAUUUGCCAUGCUCGUCAUAUCUCUUGAUUGAAGGAUUUCCUGUGUGGUCUGGAGUGGAAUCAAAAGUGUGCUUGAGCUUGUCUUUCAAUCCAGAGACAAAAGCACAUGGAAAUUCAGCCAGUCCUCUAAGAUUUGCCUGUUAUUCAGCAGAAGAGGGAAGUUUUGAUGCUGUAGUGAUAAUCAAAGAUCUAUUUUGUAUACACAAAGAGGUUACAGGAUAAAUUUGGAGAGAGAGACUUUUGAAUAAGUCUAUUAGAUCAUUUUGAGGUGUUUGGUAUUUGAGAUUAUCUCCCCUUCAAAAUCCCUCACACCUUGCCCCUUCCUCUCUGUAAGGCUCCCCUUCAAAAACCCUCACACUUUACCCCUUCCUCUCUGUAAGACCACCAGACAUGGCGCUCCACCUCUUGUCAACAAAACCGCUUCUCCUCCACUUGAACAAACCGCUAUCCCCACAAAACCACUAUCCAAAACCGCUUUUCAGUCCAAAAAUAAUGAAAUACCCAAGAAACCCCUUAUCAUUCUCGUCUCAACCUACCUUCUCUCAUGGCUGCAAAACCCUAAAAUCCAAUCAUCUCACCCCAAAUUACCCCUCCAAAAUCCCCAUUUUGCCCCCCAUCCUUUGUCUAUUUACCGGCCUGGUUGAAGAGAUCGGCCACAUAAAACAAACAGGCUUCAAAAUCGAAGACACAUUUGUGAUGAAAAUAACGGCUAGGACCGUUCUCACCGGCAUUACAUUAGGAGACAGCAUCGCUGUUAAUGGGGCCUGCCUAACGGUAACAGACUUCGACGCGGAGGGCUUCACCGUAGGAUUGGCCCCGGAAACUCGCCGGAAAACCAACCUCGGCGACCUCUUGCUGGGUUCUCCAGUGAAUCUGGAGAGGGCACUGCAACCGACGGCCAGAAUGGGCGGGCACAUUGUCCAAGGACACGUGGAUGGCACAGGAUCAAUCGUGAUGAAGCGAGAGGAGGGUGACUCGCUCUGGGUGAAGAUUAGGGUUUCUGAUGAGUUGAUGAGGUACAUUGUGCCCAAGGGGUUUAUCGCCGUUGAUGGGACGAGUUUAACGGUGGUAGAUGUGAUUGAUGAGGAGGGGUGUUUUACCUUUAUGUUGGUUGCUUAUACUCAAGAGAAGGUGAUUAUUGCUACGAAGGAGGUUGGGGAUAGGGUUAAUUUGGAGGUGGAUAUUUUGGGUAAGUAUGUGGAGAGAUUGUUGAGACUAGGGCCUAACCCUAACCCUAACCCUAAGCUUAGUGAUUCUUCUUAACUUAAUUUAAUAAGGGAGUACGUGUCCAAAUAAUAGAGAUAUUGGGGGCUUGUAAGAUGCUGACAAGCCUCGACAAAUAUACCAUUAGAAUACAAGCGAGUCUGGAAUACCUGUGAAAGUUUUUUCAAAGUCGCACUUUCUAGAGAAACUUCUAAGGUGCAUUGGAUUCCUUUUCAUUUUCUGCAGCUUUGGCCUUGCCUCUAGAGUUGAUUUCUCUGAAAAAAAUUUGAGAAACAAGGGAGAAUGUAAAACUCAGAUAAUGGUGGUUAAAAUCUAUGAAACAUGAUUUCUGCAGAGUUUUCCAUAUUUGAAGUUUUUCUUACUCUUUUAGAUUGAGAUAGAGCUGGGUGUAUAUAGAAAAUGAUCCUUUAUUGUAGAUCUAUUGUUGGUGGCUUGCAUUUGGUGGGGAUUAGUUGGAAGUGCUGACCAAUGAAUGAAGUGGUUGAGAGUUCCUUACUGUAGACAAUUUUCAGGCUCACUAAAACCGAAAAGUAAAUGGACUUCAGCCAUGGGAUGAGGAUACAUUUCAAGUGACAACAUAAACAUAAGUGGAUAAAUGUCAAACUACAAAAACAGAGUCAAUUGUGCUAAAUGUUUGGGCUUCAAGUUGAGAAAUAUUUUGAAAUCAAUUCAAAUGCAAGCAUUAGCAGAAAUAUUGCUCUAAGCUGUUUAAACUUGUGUGCUGAUCUAACACUCAGUAUUUAAAGUUCAUCACAUUUUGCUCUCUUAAACUUACACGGUUACACCUACAAGUAGAAUUUGAAUGCUAUUGAAGUUUUGUUCGAGGCAUCAUUAAACCUUAGUAUUUUCCCACUUCUUUCAAUACAACCUUAUGUUGAGUUAUCAAGUCAACAAAAACCAUACAUGAAUGGAGGUGUCCUAGUGACUUGAUCCUCCACACAAGUCUUACACUGAAAGCCAAUGAUAAAGGGUAGAUGAGCCCUAACUCUUUCAAUUUGGCCCUUGUUUUCAGAAAUAUCUGAAUUAGUUUUCAUGUGCACACACAAUGUUUGGUAAUCAGGAUAAUGCAUGGAUUUGUUGAUUCAUUGGGGUUUGUGUUAGCUUUUGGAUCCGGGUUCAGCGAUGGUGAUGAAGCUUCUAAUUGCAUUUAUUGGAAAGUUGUUCUUGUUCAAUCCUUUUACAUGGUUUGUGAAGUAGGCUUGGAUGUGUGAAAUUCAUGUUCAUGCCUCAGUAUAAGUUGCUUUUUGGGAAAUUUAUCAAAAUAUACUUGAGAUAUGAAAUAUUUAACAAUUUUCCGUAUUGUUUGAUUUUAUUUCAAAAUACCUAUGAAAAUAUCUAGGAUCAUGAAUUCGAAUAGUUGCAAAUGUGCAAAAUGAUAAAUAAUGCAUCUGUCAUUGGCAUUUUGAAAAUUUUCCCUUUUUUUUUAUAUGAUGAUGGUGUCAUCUGCAACACAUGAGAUGCCAUGCUGAUGUCUUUACCUACAAAAGAUAUCAUGCUGAUAUAACCUCUCUUGUAGGUGGGUUGGCUGUCACUACAUGCCCAUGUAUGAUGUUCCAAUUAUGUGGUCAGGUGGAAAAUGAUCAAUAUGCUUAGUAAUAAUCGUUAAGUGAUUUGCGUGUUAUCAUUUAUGGUCAAAUGGUGAAAUCUAUUUCUUCUUCUCUCUCUCUCUCUCUCUCUCUCUCUCUCUCUCUCUAUAUAUAUAUAUAUAUAUAUAUAUAUAUAUCUAACGUAACAACUACUAAGCACUGAGGGGUGUUUCAUCCAAGUAUGGGAUUUUAGAGUACCCUGUUGUGCAAAGUGUAUCAUGCAUUUUGAGGUUGAUAUCUGAUAAAAAAUGGUAAGCUUAUUUCAUUUAUGACGGGUUGCUUAACAUCUCUCUCUCUCUCUCUCGGAUGAAUCAGUCGGGAUCAUGGGCCCCUAAAACAUGCAUCUCUUCUUUGUUGGGAUGCUUGCAAUGGGAUUAUUGCUUGUCAAGUUUCCAACAGAAAUGAAGCCCAAUGAUUAGGAAUGAUACCCAAAAUGGUUGUAAUGAACUGCAUAAUGGGUAUGUCAUGGAUGCCCCUUGAGAUAAAACUCAAAUUAUCCAUUUCCAUCCAUUAUUCAACCAUUAUUGGGGUGUGUUUGAUAACUGGAAGUCGUGGCUUCCAGUUAUUGUUGCACUUCCCAUUUGUUAAAGGGAAUUGUAAUGAUGUUUUGGAAGCUGCUGCUUCCCACAACUUUCAAAAUGGCGUUGGAUUGCACGUAAAUGGGGAAGCUGCGUCUUCCAUGCUAACCCAUGGAAGCAGUGCUUUCGGAACACGCCCUUAGGGGUAGGUAAAUCAUAUCUUCGUAACACGCCCUUACGGGCAAGUAAAUCAUAUAUAUUGUGUAUAUUUCAGCAAAAUGAUUUAUAUAUUGUGUAUAUUUCAGCAAAAAAAAGGCGACUUGCUACAGUAAAUCGGCAAGUUGCAGUUAUAUAUUGUUUAUAUUUCAGCGAAAAAACGGCGAAUUGCUACAGUAAAUCGGCAAGUUGCUGCAGUAAAAUGGCAGAAUUGGCGAGCAGCUACAGUGAAACGGCGCCCCGUGUCCAUGGGCACAAGGUCUCAUGCUUCUUCACACACUUCACACGUGUUCUCUAGUGGUAUCAAGGAAAGUUUUACCAUCAAUCUCCUUUCAAUUUUUCGAUGUGGGAUUUGAAUGGUACUUGGCUUCAAAAGGUAAUACAAUAUAAUAGUUUAUUCAUGUGGAUAAUGCCACAAGUGGGGCAGUGGUGUAGUUUAGAGUGAGAAAAAAACCAUUUUGACUUUGUAGGGAGUGGUUUGUCUGCAUUGUGGUUGGACCAGUUAAAUCUGGCCCCGCACAGAGGAAGGUUAUCAGUUCAUUGCCCAUGAUAUAUUUUAUCAAUAACUUCCUUGCUGGCAUUCUUCUUCCUAGCAUAUUUCUUUCAUGAUUCCACCGAAAUACAUUGAAAUCUCCUCUAUGCAUCAUUGAGUAUUACAGCCUGUGUCUUUCAUGCACUCUGUAGCCUAGUUGCUUUGGUGUUUAGAAUAGAUGUUUUCGUCGUUCCAUCAUGAGAUAUCCAGUUGGAUCUUUUCUCAUUCACUGAUAUUCUAUUGAGUUCCUAUUUAGUAGAUUCAAUGUAAAUUUUUUCUCUUAAUGAGACUUCAUGCACAUAUUGUGUAAUUAAAUAGGUAGUUGUGAAUCAUCCAAAAAAGAUGAAACAGGUAAUUGUCUUUGGCACGUUAAUCGGGCUAGUAUUGCUAGUCUACUGCUGUUAGUAAUUUGUUUCCUCUCAAUGAGUUUCACUUGAUUUAGUGUUAUCUUUAAGCUGGUAGUUUGCAUAUGCCUCCAAGUGCUUGUUCCUCCCCUCCUUUUUGAGUAGAAAUGUACAGUCUAACUGCAUUACCACAGUGGUUUCCGUGGAGAAAUCUUCAUUUCUAAAAACUUGACCUGACUUUGUCUUGCAGAGAAGUUUAUGCACCAUUCUGAAAAAUUUGAUGCGAAGCUGUUCCUGUCUCGUAUCCAUCAAAACAUAGGUGCAGCAGAUCUAGAACCUGGUGCACUUGCUUUAAAAACUGACCUCAGAGGUCGGACACAACAAAAAAAGCAAUUGGUGAAGGAAAACUUUGAGUGCUUUGUCUCUUGCAAAACAACCAUAGACGGUAGAGAAAAUUUUGAAAGGAUAUACUUAGUGAGAGAUUGGGCUAGAGAAGGCGUCAAGUAGAGCGAAAGAGGGAUUGGAGAAAAAUAAUAGUAUUUGCAUUGCAUUAUAGAGGAGUAGGAGAUGGGAGAAAGAGAGCAAGCAACAUAGAUUAGGAGUGAGCGGCAUCGUUUACACACUCACUGAUGUCGAAGAGCUUGGGGCAUGGAUGGAAGGGUGUCUUGAUACCCACCCACUCUUUGAGCCUCUUUCUGAGGAAGAAGUGCAUGCCGACCCUUUUGCAGCGAUCUUGGAUUUGGCUACUGAGGAGGGUACCACCGCCGACUGAAUGCAGUAGCAACUAGUUGAUGGGGAUAAGUUUUUCCUUUCUGGCUUUUACUAUGUUGAAGAACGUAAGAGAAGUUAAGGAUACUGUUCCUUUCGCUCUAGGGUUUCCUUCAUGAGUGGAUAUGAGGUGAAGAAAUCCCACCAUUUCUAUCUUUUUGUAUUAUUUAUUCUUCAAUGUGAAAUCCUUCAUAUGAAUGGAGCACUUAUUUCUCUUUU